AGGUAAUGCACCACAAAAAAGAGUAAGUAGAAGUGUUGUAUGAGGUUUUGUCCUUAUCCAAUGAGGUUGAUGAAGUAUUCCUCCCUAUCCUGAUAAACACAUUGAAAAAAGAGAGAACUUAAGAUUGCCUAGAAUUUCUCUCAUAAGAUCAAAACAAAUUUCUUUUUGAAAUAGAAAGGGAAAAGGUAGAAAACUAAUCUCUACCUAAUAAAGAAUAGACUCUAAAUGGAGAGAAGAACAUUAUGAGAAUAAUCAAUGUUCUCAAAAAAGUUAGGGAUCAUGACUUUAAUACACAGAAUUAUUCAAUAGAUGAUUAUGAAGAAUUUUAAAAGGAUCUAUUCACAAAAAUAUCAUUGGAUAAGAAGAUAAUAGAAUUCCUAAAAUUUUUAGUUCAUCUGACUGCUUUAGAUGAGACAUAUAUUUAGUGUGGAUCAAAUUCUCUUCAUUUGCUAGUUUAAAUGAAAGUGGAUUUGAGGGAAUAAAAUUUUGAGAAUAUCAGGAUCAGAAACACCUCUUUAGUUGGUGGAAUUUUUGCAAGAUGCAUAUUCAAUGGAUCAGAAUUUGACAAUGUAGAUAUUAGUGGAAACAUUAAUAUGUAGUUACUUCAAUUUGUUACUCUCCUGAUGGUACUACAUUAGCAUCUGGUAGUUGGGAUAAGUCUAUCCGUUUAUGGGAUGUUAAGACAGGAUAAUAAAAAGCCCAAUUAGAUGGUCAUUUUGGAACUGUUAAUUCAAUUUGUUACUCUCCUGAUGGUACUACAUUAGCAUCUGGUAGUCACGAUAACUCUAUCCGUUUAUGGGAUGUUAAGACAGGAUAAUAAAAAUCCAAAUUAGAUGGUCAUUCAUCAACAGUUUAUUCAGUCAAUUUCUCUCCUGAUGGAAAUACAUUAGCCUCUGGUAGUGAUGAUAACUCUAUUCGUCUUUGGAAUGUAAAAACAUCAAAAGAAAUACUCCAAUCAGAUAGUAGCUAUAAAGAUUUGCUUGCCCAGUUUAACAUACCUCUUUACAAUAGCUCCUUAUUGCCAAAUGGUAUUUAUUAUUCAUUAUUAUUUAGUUAAUCCUGAUCGUACAAUACUUAGAAUAUGUUAGAAUCCUUUAUUUGAAGCAUCAGGAACACUUAUCCUUUAAGGACAGUUAAUUAAUCAUUAAGGGAAAGAUUUAAAACCUUUGUUUAAAUCCAAAGGAAGUUGCUUUUUAGAAGACUUAAAGCAAAAAAAGUGAAUUUGAAUAUUCAUUAACAAC